AUGCCGGUGGGCGGGGGGGUUCGGCAUGGGGGGGGAGGGGGAGGGGGGGCAGGAGGAGCAGGGAGCUCAAUGGCGGUACAGGCAAUAAAGGGGGAACGCAAGGAGAAGAGGAGUAGACCCUCUGGGGAGGAUGAACGUCCAUCGAAAGGCAGCAAGCUGAGCCAACAGAGCACCCCAAAGGAUAAGGGACGGGCUGACGAUGACAAGGAAACCGGCAAGGCGCAGCAGCACGACAGUCAGUAUGAAGAUCACUUUGUGGACCUCUGCGACAGGAUCAAGAGAAUGGGAGGUCCUGACAUCACAGCAGAGGGCUGGAGCUUUAGAAUAGACCGGAUCCCUCAAGAUGGCGAAGGAGAGAACGGAAAGGAUCAGGUAGGGAUGGUGUAUGUCGAUCCGGAUGGCAACACGUUCAGGAAGAGGAAGCAUGUUAUGAAAAGGAUCGGUUUGUCCGAUCAAAAGGUGACGACGAGAGAGGAUGCUUACCAGAAAGCUAGAGAAAACUUCAAGAGCAUGGAAGAGAAGUACCCUCUCCCGAUGAGAGCCAACGCCAUCACCAUUCUCAAGUGGGGGAAGAUAGAACACCAGCGAGAAAGCUUUCACAGCUCUCGUCACAUCUGGCCAGUAGGGUUUCAAUCUAGCUACAAGGAUGCAGACUCGGGAGUUCUGUUCGAAAGCACUGUGGUUGACGGGUCCGGGGUGCCCGAGGGGCUAGAAUGCGGGCAACCCGACGGGCCGGUCUUCAAGGUGACAGUCAAGAAACAAGGGGAAGCGUUGGUGGAGAUUUGGGGAAAGUCGCCAAAGGAAGCGUGGAGAAAGGCGUUGAAUGACGACAAGGCAGAAGAGCGUUUUGGGUUCCAUUUGCCACAGGUGAAGGCCAGGAUUGAAGGCCUGAGACAUGCGAUCAACUGCCAGAACUAUCAGUUCCUGGAACUGCGACAGUUGGGAGGAAAGGAUGAGAAGAAGUCGGAGAAGAAGUCGGAGAAGAAGUCGGAGAAGAAGUCGGAGAAGAAGGGUGCUGCCAAGUCCAAGGAAACACCCAAGAAGAAGACUAAGGUAGUCAAGGGAAAGAAAGAGCCGGCGAGCCAGUCAAAGAAGGAGAAGAAGUCUAAACUUUCUGAGAGGGCGCAGCAGCGGAGGGAUGCGGCUGAAAAGAAGAGGAUAGCAGCGGAGGAGAAGAGGCUGGCAGCGGAAGAGGCAGCCAGGAAGAAGAGGGAGCAGAAAGAGAUCGAGCAGGAGGAGCAACGAUGGCUCGCGCGCUACCCCAUAGAAGACAUGUGCGUGAUGUUAGAGGAGUUCGUGAUGGAAAGAGUGGCAAAGAGAGGGAUGGACGUCCUGCCUCAACGCGCUGCAGCUCGGGCGGUGGAAGCAGCGAUCGAGCAUGGCCUAUCGAACACAGCUGCCGUCGCUGCUGCAGACCGGGCAGCGGAGCAUGUGAGCAACGGCGACAGCAUGGAGGAAGCCUUAGGCAAGGCAAUGAUCUAUGCGGAAGAAAUGGAAGAGAAGAUCCAUCAAGAAGGAGAUGAUGAGCUGGGUGGAGUGCAGGAAAAGCCCUUCAAGGAUGAGCUGCAGAUUUUGAGGAGAGGAGCCCGAGUUCGUAUGCUCUUCAUGGCAGAUCAAAUCGAGACGUGGUAUCACGGUUUCGUGACAAAAGUUUGCGACACGACCAACAAGCUCAGCGUCUCGUUUUACGAUGGGGAGAACGUGGAGGUUCCUCGAGGUGACCAGGACCUGGAGGUUCUCAACCAGGGCUGCCUUCUCCUCCCGCAGGGGUUCCCUCCGCCUCGUCGAGCUCAGACGCACAUCGCCGACCUCUUUGCUAUCACCACCUUCGUUGACGCCUUUAGAGCUGAGUUGGCUCUUCCCCGUGGCAACAUUUAUGACCUGCAGGUUGGAUUGUCCGCCCCCGCUCAGUCGCACUUCUUGAGCGACCUCUACAUGUCCCUCUUGACAGGAGCCAUGCAAGCAUUCAAGGAGCAUGGAACGCAACAUGCCCCGCACAACAGCGUUCCUCCUACGUGGAUCGGAGAGCACACGCUCAACCUAUACACUUGGCCGGAGGUGGCGAGGAGGUGGAUCCUCUUCGGGCCCCUUGCAGAGCUUCACAGGAGGAGAUUUCCCGAGGCAGUCUCUGCUGCCGGCUCCCUGUCGCAGGGGGUCAGCGGCAUCCGCACUUGCCCGGAGGGGCACAUGAUGGUGCUGCUCUGCCUCAUCGAGGACUGCAUGGACCACGCGGACGUUCGCAGCGCCAUAGAGGCGAGGAUCGAGAGCAUGGACAAGUUGCAGCGGGAGCAUGCGCAGAAGCAGAAGGAGCUCAGCGAGGAGGAGAAGAAAAUCACCGCAAGAGUGAAGGCGGCCAACGAUAGGCUACAAGUCGUCGACAGUGGCGAGCAGGGAGAGGAUCCAGAGCCUGUGAGCGACGCUCCUGCUGCCCUCCCUCCCUCCUCAGUUGACACCACUGUGAUGUCAAACGGGACGGAGGAAGGAGUUCCCAACGAAACGCCUCCGGCUACUCAGCAGCCGCAGGAUGACGAGUAUGCUAUGAAGCUUGCGGCCUGGAAGCAGAGGAGACAGGAGAGGGGAGGGGAGCAGGCAGACAAGGAGAAAGGAGACGCACAGAAGGAGGAGAAGAAGUUUCACGAGCGAUUGAUGAAGUACGAGGUUGAGCAUGCGCACAAGGUGGAGCGAGCAAGCGUGUACUACAUGCCCAUCGGCAUGGAUCGCCACCGGAACAAGUACUGGUGGUUUCCGUCCGACAAGAACUGCCUCUACGUAGAGCCUCCCGCUCCCUCCUCUGUGGUGGAGCCGCCCAUGACUCCGAGGUCGGACGAGGACAUGAAAGGCGUGAACAGCCCAGCGAGGAACCCGGUGGAGUGGAGGGUGUGGGUAGGAGGGGAAGUGAUCAAGACUAUGCUUGAGAGCCUCUACGACAAGGGAGCUCGCGAGUCAGAGCUCAAGAAGUCGCUGCUGAAGCUGCAGGACAAGAUGGGGACCGCGGGAGUCACGCAGACUGCCGUGUUUGACAACCUAGGGGAUACGGGCUCUUCUCAGCUAGGAGCUCUCGCAGCUGAGACGGAAGCGUUUGCGGCUGCUCACCAAGAGGCAAAGAACGUGGCGGAGAUCAUGGACCAGGAGCAGAUGAGGCUGCUGAGGCAGACGAUGGAGGACUGGGAGGCGAUGCUGCAGGAGCCAGGAGACUGCUCGAACCUCGCCCGGCUGCUGCUUGCGAUGGAGGACGCGAUCUUCACUUCUCACGCUCCGGUGAAGCGGACGAAGCAGGUCAAUGCGCAGGCACCGGCGGAAACAAACCAGGACGAGCAGGCGAGUGAGAGCGUAGCGAUGGAGGUGACAGAGGCGGAGAACGGGCAGAGUGCUGGGCCGGAAUGGAGCAAAGACAACGAGUUUGUGGGGAAGCGAGUGAGACGGAACGUGAAGGGAGACGACGGGAAGCCAGCAGGACAAGCGAACGGGACGGUGAUAGGCUUCCUGCCCAAAGAGAUCUCCGACUUCAUUUCCAAGGAGACGAACCAGGCGGCGGCUCUCUGGCGCGUCGCGUUCGACGACGAAGACAUUGGGGAAGAAGAUCUCGAGGAGUUUGAGAUCGUUAACGCGAUCCAGGCCUACGAGAAGCUGCAGGCCGACCUGCGCGUCUCCUCCGCCGCCAUCGCCCGAUCCCGUGGGACCAACUUCAGCAAGGAAGCCUCGAUCGGUGAGCAUGGGGCCAACGGGACGGAGCAGGAAGUGAAGAGCGAGAGCUCUCGGCCCCUGAGCUCUUCGGCUGUCGGCAGCGACCUUCAGAUCUACGAGGAGGGAGCGGUUGACAUGGCUGAGGCAAACAACAAGCCCUCCCGUCGGUCAUUGUGGACAAGUGCGAUGCAGCGGCAAGCGUGGAGGGUCGAGAGCGAGACGGCAGGGAAGUCAGGGUCGCUACCUCGGCUGUGCUUCUCGGCUGCUUCUCUCUGCGAGAACGCGCUGCGAGUGAUGGGCAGAUCAAGAGACUCUCUGUCCUCAGCCCCACGAGGCGGGAGACGCGGGAAGCGCACGAGGGGGGAGAUGGAGCUUGCCUCCCUUGUCUCCUCGGGGUACACGGAGUCUGGCAGACGACUUCUGACGGUGAAACAGGUGAAGAAAGUUUCUUACGCGGAGCAAAGCUCUGAGGAGGAGGAGGAGCCAUGA